CCAUUGAAAACAUAAGUAGAAUGAACCGAUUUACGGGUGGUUUCCUUGUCCUGGCUCUUCUGACCGUGGGUGCAUAUUCCGCAGCCUUAGAUGGGCCUAUCAAUUUCUUUAAACUCUACGAUAAUCCUGAGGCUCAUGUUAGUCUCAAGGGUAAAGAGACUACGGCUGAUCGCACUGCCUCCCAUGGAUACCCUUCAGAGCACCACCACAUCACCACCGAAGAUGGUUACAUCCUGGGAGUAUUCCGAAUUCCCUAUUCCCAUAAGUUGCAAAACCAGAACGAAAAGCGACCAAUCGUCCUCCUUCAACAUGGAUUAACAAGCUGCUCGGAUGCCUGGAUUUUGCAAGGACCCAAUGAUGGUCUGCCAUACAUGCUAGCUGAUGCAGGAUACGAUGUGUGGAUGGGCAAUGCACGUGGAACUUCCUAUUCCAGGAACCACACCACUCUUUCCACGGAAAACCCAAUCUUCUGGCAAUUCAGUUGGCAUGAGAUUGCCAUCUAUGAUAUCACAGCCAUUAUUGAUUAUGCUUUACGGACGGAAAAUGGUCAAGGUCAAGAUGCCAUCCAUUAUGUGGGUCACUCUCAAGGAACUACGGUAUAUUUUGCCCUGAUGUCAACGAUUCCAGCAUACAACUAUAAGAUUAAAACCGCUCACUUGUUUGCCCCGGUGGCUAUCAUGAAGAACUUGUCAAGUCCAUUGGUGCGAUACUUAGGUCCCUACUUAGGUCAUCGAAACGCCUAUUCCAUCCUGUUCGGGUCUCAGGAGUUCCUGCCUCAUAAUGAGUUCGUUAUGGCCUUGUUCUUCAACAUUUGCCAGCCGGAUAUCAUGUGGCGUCCGGUGUGCGAAGGUGCCAUGAAGAGCCUUUAUUCCGGGGGUCGUGUAAAUAUGACUGCUAUGCCAGAGGCCAUGGCAACUCACCCUGCGGGCUGUUCUACCGAUCAAAUGUUGCAUUACCUACAAGAACAACAGUCGGGUUAUUUCCGUCAGUAUGACCAUGGGACCAAGAAGAACCUUCAAGUCUACGGAUCUGAAGAACCCCCAGAGUACCCCGUGGAGCUAAUCAACUCCUUGGCGCACUUGUGGUAUGCAGACAGCGAUGACCUGGCCGCUGUGGAGGAUGUUCUACAAAUAGCCAACCGAAUGCCCAAUGCGGUGUUGCAUCACAUGGAGGAUCCGGAGUGGAAUCAUGGUGAUUUCGCCCUGAACUGGGAGGUCCGUAAAUAUGUCAACGAGCCAGUGAUUGCCAUCAUGGAGGAAUAUGAGAUAGAGUACAGCCGUACGUGAUUGAUAGGC